GGCCCGGCACCUCCACCAGGUCCUCCACCACCGCCACCAGGAGGCCCGGCACCGCCACCAGGCCCUCCACCACCACCAUGCCCUCCACCACCACCAGGAGGCCGUGCACCGCCACUAAGACCAGGGCGACAGGAUUUUGGGUUGGAGCCGGCAGUGGCAUCCAAAGUUGUUGUUGCGGGAAGUUUGGCUCAAAACAGCCCGCAGUUUAGCACGUUCAGCGCUGGCAAGCAGUGCACCGCCGUGGCUGCGGCAGCCAGCGUGCAGCUGCUGCUUCAUCCAGACUUAAUGUGGCACGGCGGUGUGGUGGACAUGUGCGUGCGGGCCGGGGACGCCCUGUAUCAUCUUUCGGCCGGGCGCGAUGGAGGCUAUCUGGGUCCGGAGGAUCUCCACAACAUUGUGCCGUUAGGAGCAGAGAGGGUUCCGUUCGUAGUCGACGCCAAUAACAUCGUCCACGGGCUCUUGAGGGGAGGAGGGAUCUCUCAGGACCUACAACAAGGGCUGGAGGCGUUCUUCGAAGUAUUCGAGGCCGGAAUCUUGACUACGUCUGGCUACUCCAUAGCAGUCCACAGGCAGACCGGGGGGCAAUGGUUUAACAUUGUGGACUCACACUGCCGCAACCGCCGGACAGGCCUUUUGGAUGCUGAUGGUGUGGCCGUGCUAGUACAGAUGCGAAACCUGCGGGAUAUGGUGCAGCACGUGUUGGCUUUGUUCUCGGGAAACCAGCAGUAUUCCAUUAUGCCCGUUCUUCUGCCGACUGAGGUUUCCAUAGCUGAUCAAAUCCCUUCAGAGGCGGUUGAUGGGCCGUUCCCGUCUCCACCGGCCCUGCUCCCUAAUCUGCCGUCCCCUCCGGCCAUUCCGGAGGGCCUCGCGGACCUGCUGGGCGGUGACGACACAGAAAUGGCAGAUACCAAUGAAGUCCUGCUCCCUGAUGUUCCGUCGCCUCCUGCCAUACCACAAGGGCUCCUGGACCUGCUGGACAUUGAGGAUUCUGAUGCAACACACGUGACAGAAGGAUCGGAUCCGGAAUGCGUGGAGACUGGUACUCUAUCGCCCCACUCGCCCACUCUCUCUCGGCCAAUAGUAGAAGAGGAGGUGGAAGAAACCGCAUCCGUACGAUCCUCGUCUGGCUCUUCGGUCAUCUUCGUAGCAUCGUGGCAGGAGAGGGACGAUGUGCUCGUGGGACCAUCGGCGCGGCCACCUUCCCCAGGCCGACCCGUGGUGGUUCCCGAGCGGUCUCCCUCUCCCGCACCGCCGCUCGCUCCUCCAUUACCUCUGGAUGCAAUGCUGGACAGUCAAGCUGAGGUAGACGCGUGCGUGUCAGGACACGGUCGAGGAGGUAGAGUUGGCCGGGGCCAGCCACGAGGGGAACGGAGAGGACGUGGACGACCGCGCCUUCAUCGCGGUGAUACCCCAAGACGGCCACGUCGGCCCGUUGGUAGGCCGCGGGGCAGUAGAGGCAGAGGGGGCAGCAGGGCGAUCGGACGCGGUGUUCCACAAAGGCGACUGUUUCGUGAAUCAGAGAGUGACUCUUCAAAUCCAGACAAUCCUCCGCCACGGCGAAGACAGCGCCGGGAGUCAAUUGUCAUAGAGGAUUCGGACGAUUCGGAUGACCGCGCCCUGCGGACUCCAUCGCCGCGUCCCAGGCCCAGUCCAUCACCGCCCCGAGAGCCAUCUCCCCGGCCCGCGCUGUCAUCACCCCAGCAACCACUAUCCCGGCCACCCACACCCCCUGCUCCAGACGCUGAAUUGCAAGCCAGAAGAGCCCUCAUCAGGGAACAGGAUGCGGCUUAUGAGGCCUCCGCCCGGGCUGACCGCCAGCGCGAGGAGCGCCAACAAGAAGAGGCAGCAGCCCAGGUUGCCCUCGAAGCAGCACGGGAGGGGCACCGGCAGGAGGUGGAGGUCCUGCGGAGGGAAGUCGCCUCAAGGCUGCGGCCUGAGCCGCCGCGCGACACCAGCAUGGCCCUAACUCUGCGGUUCUUUCUGCCGGACGGCCGCCGCCUGCAGCGGAGAUUUAUGCCCUCCGACGACCUACGAGCAGUGCAUGAUUUUCUCUUUGUGGAGGGGGUAAAUCAUGCGCAGCUCUUAUUGGCAAACCAGCAGCUCCCAGUCAGCACGGGCAGCGACCCAGUCGAUGUCGCCACGGCGUUGUCUGGUGUCUCGGCUACCAUUAUGGUCAGGCUGGUCGAACUUGAAGAAGAUGAUAUUUGCACAAUAUGCUACGAAAGUUUUCUCAACUACAUCCUCAGAGUCCAAACAGACUCAUGUGGACAUUUUUACCACCGCGAAUGUCUACAGAGGUGGAUUGACUCAAGAAGACUAGGACCGCAGUGCCCUUACUGCCGAAGAAAUUUUCGGAAUAUGGUCGAACGACCAAUUAACGAUGAUUAGUUCUUUAUUUGAUAAUUAUUUUUAUCGGUGUGAUUUUUUUUAUAUAGCAGCCUCAUAGAAAAGAGGCACAGAAAUAAAUGUUGCGUUCUGCUUG